CCGGAAAGGACCCGACUUCCCGGAGGCGGCAAAUCCGGAGGGUCCGCGGCUGCCUUCAUGCUGCCCGCGGACUGCUCGCGCCGGCUGGUGGCUGAGCUGCGGGAUGCCCUGGACGCCUGCGCCGAGCGACAGCGGCAGCUGGAGCGGAGCCUGCGUGUCUCCCGCCGGCUGCUGCGGACCUGGGAACCCGAGACGCCGGCUGCGGAGCCAGCCCCAGGGCCAGAAACUAAUGAAGAGGUCCCGCCUCCCGCAUGCACACCCAGCCGUCAAGAACUCAAGGAGCUGGAGCUUCUGACCCAGGCACUGGAGAAGGCUGUACGGGUGAGAAAAAGCAUGUCUAAGGCUGGAGAAAGACACGAGGCCCUCAGCCUCAAGUCUCGGGAUGCUGCCACUUGUGCCAGCACAGCCUCUGCCCCGUCCCGGGCCUCAAGCCAGGCUGGCAGUCAAGCCUCAGAGACAAAACCACCCAGGGGCGCCCACCAAACCACGGUGCCUGCCAGAGGCCUCCCUGAGGGCAGGCUUCCAUCAGUGGGGGAUCGCACCCGUAUGGCGAGAGGAGCCCGAGCCACCAAGCCUGGACCAGGCCUGAGGGACCAACAGAUAACUGCAUCGGCUGCUCCUCAGGCCCCAGAAGCUUUCACACUGAAGGAGAAGGGCAUCCUGCUGAAGCUACCUAUGGCCUACAGGAAAGCGGCUUCCCAGAACUCCCGCCUGUGGGCCCAGUUCAGCUCUACACAGACCAGUGACUCCAGGGAUGCUGCUACCACGGCCAAAACCCAGUUUCUCCAGAAAAUGAAGAUGACGUCAGGCUGGCCUGGCUCUGGGCUCAGUGCUGCAGAGGUGGAGGCGGAGGUGGGGCUCCUCCGGAAGGCCUGCUCACUGCUGAGAUGGCGAAUGGAGGAAGAGCUCUCGGCAGACCCUGCUGACUGGAUGCAGGAGUACCACUGCCUGCUUACCCUGGAGGGGCUGCAGGCCAUCACGGGGCGGUGUCUCCACAGAGUGCAGGAGCUGCGUGCAGCGGUGGCGGGACAGCAGCUGAAGCCGUGGCCUGAGGGGAGAUGCCCCAGAGCCUCCAUGCCCUGUGAAGGAAGAACAGACUCUAGCUGGAGCCCCCAGCUUCUUCUCUACUCCAGCACCAAGGAGCUGCAGACUCUGGCAGCCCUCAGGCUGCGGGUGGCCAUGCUAGAGCAGCAGAUCCACCUGGAAAAGGUCCUGAUGGCUGAACUCUUCCCACUGGUGAGCACGUGGGACCCGCAGGGGCCAUCCUGGCUGGUGCUUUGCCGAGCUGUGCAUAGCCUGCUCUGUGAGGGAGGGGAGCGCUUCCUCACCAUCCUUCGAGAUGAACCUGCCGACUGAGCCCUUCCCGUGGCCAGCAGCCCCGCACCUUGCCCCCUUCCCAGGCCGCCUGACCCCAGCAAGAGGGUGAGCUUGUUCUGACCCAGACGACUGGGAGAGCAGCACCCUAUUAGGUGAACAGGGAUUGAGAGGAUUUUUGAUGUGGUGGGCCUGGGGGCCCAGAAAUGGCUAUACCCCCUGGGAAGCCAGGGUUCCCCGACUGGGUUGGGGACAGCCCCCUGGUUCUUCCUGAGGAGCCCAGGGCCGCAAAGCUAGUGGUCAGGCCUCCACUUGGCUUGGCCUUCUGCAGGCUUGGAGACCAGAGGCCUGUCGGGCUUUUUUCUUAGCUACCUCUGUUUUUUCUUGCUUCAGACUUACAAGCCACUUGUGUGACAUUAAAACUACUUUAGAAAGCACAUAUGUAUAA